GGUGAAAGAAUUUUCUUCCUUCUUUAACUCCGCCACUGUCUGUUGUUGAAAGGGGCUUACCCCAAUUAUCAGUUCUACACAAAAACCCUAGUUUUUUCAUCUGCGAACGCGUCACAAGAAAAUGGGAAGUGAAGAAAAUGUAAAGCAUCUCGAAGACUGCUCCGUUUCCAAUGCAUUGGGCACUUGGGUAUUUUCAGUGGCAGGAGCUUUGCUGGCAAUUCCAGUGGGGAUAAAACGCAAAUCUUUAGCACCCCUUGUAUUUUUUGGCACCACUGGUACUAUGCUGGAUAUUAUUAUGGGAAUUAGUGCGUGCGAAAGGGAACAUGCAGAGCGCCAAAUGAAGCUACUUGAAGCUCAAAGUGCUGCAGCUGAGACUUCUUUAAGUGAGACAGAAAUUGAUUCAUGAGCUCUAUAUCUUGAGGUUGUCAAAUUUGUUUGGUCAUGAUUGUAACAAACUAAAUGCACUCUUCUGUUAGCCCAUGGUCAAAUGUUCUUCUAAUUGAUGCUUUGUUGUUGACCUUUUCCCUCUAGCAGUGUAAACAAAAGAAGGUGAAUAAGAAAGGAUUUCUUUGUUAAUUUAUUCAUAAAGAUUUCAGAAAUUUUUGGUUCCUUUUGUUUUCCUAUAUAAUGAUACUGGAAAAACAGCCUUAUUGUAUUAAUUUUAGGAUCGCUGUAAUACCCAAAAGAAUU